CCUGGAAUGAUGGAUAUGCAUGACGACAACAGUAACCAGAGCUCCAUUGCAGACUCCUCCCCACUGAAGCAAGAGACCAGCAACUACACUAGUCCUGCACCUGAACCCAUGGCAGCUUCUCAGAAUGACAGCAAUGACUUGAAAAGUGACCAAUAUCCUUCCAAGCAGCCUUCAUCUGUUCAGGAUCAUAAGAGUGAACAAAACCACUGCUCAUCAGGUUCUAUAACAGCCAAAAGGGACAGCAAGUCACAGGGGGAUUCAGAGCACUUUUUAGACUCUUCCAACUCAGCCCAGGAAUUGGAUGAUGGUGCUCCCCCAAGCAAAAAAGGGAAAACCGAUUCUUCCUCUGAAGAAAGUUAA